ACAUUCAUAAGCCCAAAAAUAAAUUUCAGAAAAUUAUCUCCCUUAAAAAAAUGAGUUAUCAUUAUCAUACUAAUUUCUCCCUAAAACCUCAAAAUCCAUGCAAAAUAAUACCUACAAAAAACCUACAUAAUUCUAUAUUAAUCUCAUCAUAUUCUUUAUCACAAUCCAAAGUUCAUAAAACCAAAAUAUUAUGUUCAUCUUCUUCAACCAAAAAAGCCCAAGAAAAUAACAUUUUUUCUUCCCCAAAUAAAGAAUUAAUAAGAUCAUCAAAUUCUUAUAGUGUUGAGUUUAAGACCAAAGAAGGUUGCAAGCUUGGAAUUGCAAAAUACCCAGAUUUUGUUUAUGAUGCUGAAGGUGGGUUUGGAAGUGGAAUUGGUAAACAUGAUUUAAAUGGUAAUAUUUUGGUUGAGUUUGAUGUUGGUAAGCUUUAUAUUCCACCAUUAACAAGUGGUACAACUAAGUUUUUGGGUUUGCCUUUGCCUCCAUUCUUGAGGAUUGAUAUUGUUCCACUUAUGUUCAAGGGAAGCAUUGAUGAAGAGUCCGGCAAGGUUGAUCUUGAAUUCAAGGCCAAAUUCUGGUUUUCAAUAGGGACAAUUUACAAAGCACCACCAUUAUUGGUUUCUACAAUUUUAACCUCUGAAGAAUCACAAGGGAAAUUGAGGAAAGGUAGAGGGCAAAGAAUGGAAAAAGAUGGUAACUGCAAACUUGUAGGAGUUGCAACAGUUGAACCAAUUGAUGAUCUUUUCAUGAACACCUUCCUAGGCCUUCCCACUGAAUGCCUCGCCGUUAUGAAUGCCACAAUCUCUGUAUAAAUACAAUGAACAUGUAGUCAUGUAUGACUGAAUAGCCAUUUUUUUGAACAUAUUUUUGUUUAUGUACUACGUGUAGACAUCGAAAUUUUGUAAAUUUGUGGUGUUAAUUAUAUCUCAAUAAAAAAGAUAAUAUUUUAAAGA